CUAUCACUUAUUUUAACAUUUCAAAAUAUGGAGUUGUUUUCUAGAAUCAAAGAGAUUAGCGUUUCUACCCAUUUAUGAAAAAUUGAAAUUUGAUGGUCCUCCCGUUCCGGAAGAGUAAUUUGAACUGAAAAUCUGGAGCUCAUUCCUAGCGGAAUUGAAUGUUCUUUCUCCUCAGCAUAUAUCAUUAUAUCUCCACCUCUGCGUCUACAACUCGACCAUUCCCCCCUUAGAGCCCUUCUCUUUGCCGGUCUGUGGAUCUUGUGUGUAUAAUUCAAAGUAGUAUCUCUUACACUUACGAGUGAUGACCCUGCUAAGCAGAUUUUUUUAUAGAAAGCCCCCAGAUGGCUUGAUUGAACUUGAUGACAGAGUAUAUGUCUUAGAUUCUUGCUUUUCCACUGAAGCAGUGCCUGAGGAAACUUAUCAGCUCUAUUUGCACAGUGUCAUUACUGAUCUACACGAAGAGUUCCUUGAAUCAUCUUUUCUUGCAUUUAAUUUCAGAGAAGGUGGGGAAAAAAGUCAGUUUGCUGAUAUUUUGUGCAAAUAUGAUGUCACCGUUAUGGAUUACCCAAAGCAGUACGAAGGUUGCCCUGUGUUGCCAUUGUCUUUGCUUAAUAACUUUCUCCGUGUCUGCGAGAGUUGGCUUUCUCUUUUGAAUCACCAGAAUGUCAUUUUAUUUCAUUGUGAUAGAGGAGGUUGGCCUGUUUUGGCAUUUGUUUUGGCUAGUUUCAUGAUUUUCAAGAAGUUGCAUAGUGGAGAGAGGAAAACUCUUGAAAUGGUUUACCGAGAGGCCCCUAAAGGGUUAUUGCAGCUGUUGUCCCCACUGAACCCAUUUCCAUCUCAGCUUCGCUACUUGCAAUAUCUUUCCAGAAGAAAUAUCUCCCCAGAGUGGCCCCCUCCUGAGCGGGCUCUUUCUUUGGACUGUAUCAUUCUCAGAGCCAUUCCUAAAUUUGAUAGGCAGAAAGGGUGUAGGCCUAUGAUUCGUAUUUUUGGUAGAAAUCUUCUGAGUAAGGAUGGGCUCUCAACUCAGAUGCUAUACUCUAUGUCCAAGAAAGGAAAAGGUCUUAAACAUUACCGGCAGAAGGACAGUGAUGUGAUUAAGAUUGAUAUUCAGUGUUUAGUGCAAGGAGAUGUUGUUUUGGAGUGUGUCCAUUUAGAAACAGAACCAGAAAGAGAAGUGAUGAUGUUCCGUGUGAUGUUCAAUACAGCUUUUAUUCGAUCCAAUAUUUUGAUGUUAAGCAUUGAUAACUUGGAUAUUCUUUGGGAUUCAAAGGGGCGCUACCCGAAAGGUUUUCGAGCUGAGGUUUUGUUUGGAGAUGUGGAGAACAUCCCUCCUCCAAGAGCACCAACUGCAGUUUUCAAUGGGGAGGAGAAAGGAGGACUUCCUAUUGAAACUUUUUCAAUGGUCCAAGAACUUUUUGGUGGAAGUGAAUGGGCUGAUUCUGGCGAUGAUGCUGCUUUAUGGUUUCUUAAACAGCUCUCAAUGUUGAAUGACUUGAAAGAUUUAUCUGUGCUGCAAAACAGGAUGAGUGAGUAUUCAUCAUCACCUCUGGAUUCGGAGGAAGAAACCAACGCUCCCAGUAUUGCUGAUAGCUUGGAUUUUCUUGAUGCUGAGAAGGCUAGUAAUAAUCUUGCUAAUACAAAUUCACAGGAUGUGAAUUUCUUUGAUGAUCAUCUGUCUGAAGAUUUUGCUUCUGAUACAACCUCUAUUGCGAAACCUUCUGCUGAAAUCCCUUGCUCUGUUCUGGGAAACAGAAGGCAAUUUGAGUUGAGUGUGGGUCCCGAUCAUUCAAAAACAGGACAAGAUCAUGAUAGACAAGCUUGUUCUUUGUCCUUUAGUUCAUCACCACCAGUACCUCUUUCUACCGUUACUAAUAUAAUAAAACAUCCACGGCUUCCAUCUUCUUUCUUUUCAAACACUGUAGAUAGCAAGGGUAUUUUAUCAGCUGUACCACCACCACCUCUCACAUCCCCUGAUUUAUCUUCUAAUUGUCACCCUCCAGCUCCCCCUCCGCGAACUUCUAAGAUUCCUGGUGCACCACCUCCUCCAAAGCUUCCUGGUGCACCACCUCCUCCUCCUCCAAAGCUCUCUGGAGCACCACCACCUCCCCCAAAGCUCCCUGGUGCACCUCCGCCACCACCUGGUGGGAAGGGAUCUAGUGCCCCACCUCCCCCACCUCCAACCACUGGAAAGGGAAGAGGCACUUUAGGCUCUAGUACUCAUGGAAAAAGUCGAAUUGCAAGUGGCUCUACUAUACCUCCCAAAAAAGCUUCAUUGAAGCCUUUACAUUGGGUUAAAGUUACAAGAGCCAUGCAAGGUAGCUUAUGGGCUGAUACACAAAAGCAAGAAAGCCAAACAAGGGCACCUGAAAUUGAUAUAACAGAGCUGGAAAAUCUGUUUUCAGUUGCUUCUGCAUCAGAUGGCAUCAAUAAAGCUGGAGGCCGGCGUGGUUCGAAAAUAAACAAACCUGAGAAAGUACAAUUGGUUGAGCACCGAAGAGCCUACAAUUGUGAAAUUAUGCUUACAAAAGUUAAAAUUCCCCUGCCUGAUAUGAUUAAUGCUAUUUUGGCUUUGGAUUCUUCGGCACUGGAUAUUGAUCAGGUUGAGAAUCUGAUCAAAUUUUGUCCUACAAAAGAAGAAAUGGAGACCCUGAGGAACUACACUGGGAAUAGGGAAAUGCUUGGCAAGUGUGAACAGUUUUUCUCGGAGUUGAUGAAGGUUCCACGAGUUGAAUCAAAGUUGAGAGUUUUUGCAUUUACUAUUACUUUUUCAAAUCAGGUUAAAGACUUGAGAUUGAACUUGAAUACUAUCAAUGAUGCUACUAGAGAGGUAAAAGAAUCUGGGAAAUUGCGAGAAAUAAUGCAGACCAUUCUAACCCUGGGAAAUGCACUGAAUCAGGGCACUGCACGAGGAUCUGCUGUCGGGUUUAAAUUGGAUAGUCUUCUUAAACUUUCUGAUACUCGUGCUAGAAACAACAAAAUGACUUUAAUGCAUUAUCUUUGCAAGCUGCUUGCAGACAAAAUGCCUGACCUGCUUGAUUACGGAAAGGAUCUUGUUCAUUUGGAAGCAGCCGCUAAGAUCCAACUAAAGUCUUUGGCUGAAGAAAUGCAAGCAGUAAGUAAAGGUCUUGAGAAAGUUGAUCAAGAACUCACUGCCUCAGAGAAUGAUGGUGCCAUAUCUCAUGGCUUUCAAAAGGUCUUGAAGAGUUUCCUUGAUACCGCUGAAGCUGAUGUUAGGUCUCUAAUCACCCUGUAUACUGAAGUGGGGAGAAAUGCAGACUCUCUAUCACUGUAUUUUGGCGAGGAUCCUGCUCGAUGCCCCUUUGAGCAAGUGACACAAACAUUGGUGAUCUUCACCAAGAUGUUCAACAAAUCACGCGAUGAAAAUGCACAAAUGGCGGAUGCCGAGAGGAAAAAGUUGGAGAAGGAAGCAUUGAAGGAACAGGCUGCUGCUGCUGCUGCCACUAAGAAAGAAGGGGAUGGUGACCGAGAUUCGCUUCGUCAGAUUAAUAGUAGUUGGGUUCAAAGAUCUUCUGCUUCCUAAUCUAAUUCAUCUUUGUUCAUCUGUUCUCUCAUAAAUGUGCAGAAAUGUAUAUAUAUUUGAACAAUUUUCAUAGCACCCCUUCAGGUUUUGGCAAAUGUUAUUACAUCUAACCCACAAUCUAGUGAGGCUAAUGUAAUUUGAAAGUGGAAAUGCUAAUCUUAAAAUAGUUUACAUAUUUUUAUUUAACUCUAUGGAAUCUCAAUGUAAAAUUACUCGGUAUAUGGUAGAGAUAGAUAUAUCUUUCUUUUGUUACAUUAUGUCAAAUUUGUAAUUAAAAAAAUAUUUUAGAAUGAAUAUUGCAUUGUAUC